UAUCAUUAUUACCAUUAUCAUCAUUAUUGUUAUCAUUAUUAUCAUUAUGAUUAUCACCAUUAUCAUUAUCAUCGAAAUGCUAAUAAUGGCAAUUGUAAUAAGAUUUAAAAUGAUACUAAGAUUAAACAACUAAAUAAACUAAUAAACAAACAGAUACAAAAUAUGUAUGACAUAAACGAUACUAAUGUAACGGAUAUUUAAAUGAGACAAGGAGGAAAAUACACAAAGGUCAGGAUCUUUGUUCAUGCUUAGAAGACACCGUGCCCCUUCAUUAAAAAAAAAAAAAAAAAAAAAAAAAAAAAAAAAAAAGUAACGUCCACUACUUGGUGGCACAAGAAAGGGGACGAAAAAAAUGAAUAUUUGAUGAAAUAUGAAUAAUGUUUCAUGAUCACUUAAUAUCAUAAACACUCGUUGAUAUGAUGUGCUGAUGGUUUGAUAUUCUUAUUCAUGUUGCUGGAUAUUUAUAUUCUUUAUUAUAUUUAUUUUUUUUAUGCGUUGAAGUUAUUUCCCUUAUAGAUACUUAUUAUUCACAUUUUUUGUUAUUUCUGAUUGUUCAGAACGUCAUGAAAUAUAUACUCCUAAAUAGGUAACUGAAUAGAUAAACAAAUUGAUAAGUAAAUGGAUGAAUUAAUAAUUAAAAUAGAACCUAUUACGCAGUACGCACUUUCAGAAUUCCAUAACUAAAUUAGAUAAAUUGUAGUACCGUAUAAGUAAUUAAGACUUUGCGCCUUUGGCCCUCAGGAUGUGCUUUCAGGUCUAGCAGCGGGAUUUCGUAUCCUGACGUACCUGUGACCUCUUAAAAACACGUAUAUAAACAGCUCCUCCUUCCUCUUGCAGUAUCAACACACUCGCCGAACUGACCCAAUGACACUGAUCGUCCUCGCCUGCCUGGGCCCCGCGGCCCUCGCCGCCCCCCGCCCCCAGGAGGACCCGGUCGCCAUCCUUCGCGACGACUGCCAGGACGACGGCGAAGGCAACUUCAAGUACGAGUUCGAGUCCGCCGAUGGCACCUUCGUGUCUGCCAUUGGCACUCCUGGCGCCAAAGGCCAGAGCAAUAUCCAGGGGUCCUACAGGUUCACCCUCCCCGACGGCACCAUCGCCGAAGUCACCUACAUCGCCAACGAGAACGGCUUCCAGCCCCAGUCCGACCUCCUCCCCACCAGACGCCCCAACACCGCCGCCGCCAACAAUAACUUAAUAAAGUGAAAAGUGGA